AUGGUUAUUACCGCUCAUUUUGUGGAUCUUGAUUGGAAUCUCCAAAAGAGGGUGAUUAACUUUGUUCAUUUGCCUCUUCUAUGUAAAGGUGUGAAUAUAGCUGAUUGCAUCUUAACAUGCCUAAGGGAGUGGGAAAUUGAGGACAAAUUUUUCACAAUUUAUGUGGACAAUGCAUCUGCAAAUGAUUCUUGUAUUGCAAUUUUAAAGGAUAAUUUUGAAUCAAAUGGGAGGCUUAUUUGCGGUGGAAAAUUAUUUUAUGUUCGAUGUUGUGCCCACAUUCUUAACAUUAUGGUUCAACAUGAUCUUCAACAAGUGAAGGACAUUAUUGUGAAAGUCCAUUAUUCCUUUGAUUACUCGAACUCAAAUGAUGCACGUCUUAAGUGUUUUGGUGAACCUGUAAGCCAAUACAACAUGAAUCAUCGGAAAGAUGACAGUGGAGAAUGUGAAUUUGGAUCAAAUAUUUGUGAAAGAAAUGACGGAUCUAGUGGUUUACCUGAACUUUUGUUAGAUGUUUUUAGUGGGGAGACAUCGGUAACUUAUGUGAAAUCUGAGCUUGAUAUAAUGGCUGCAAAUAUCUUCUCUGUUCCUAUCACUACUGUGGCUUCGGAAACAACUUUUAGUGCUGGUGGUCGUGCAAUAGAUCCUUAUAGAGCUUCUUUUGCUUCGGAAACGGUAUACUAA